AUGAGGGACCUAACGGCCCCUAGAUCAGCGGCGGCGACAAGGGUGACAAGUAGAAACACUCAAAGCAUCCCGCUGAAGAAGAACAUUAAUCCCAUAUGGAGGGUGUGGACAAUCGUAAUAGAUUGGAAGCUGCCCAAGAGAUGCUUACAGUCAGUUAGUAAGGUAUUCGCAUUCCAAAAUCUGGACCACCGCCUCAAAGUCCACUUCAGCAAUGAGAUUGACAACACCUCUAUUUUUAGCGAUAACAAGCCCUUCCCGAAGACCCCAAAGCUCGACGAUGAAACUGUUUGUAGACCUAAUGUUAACCAUGAAUCCUACAAUCCAAUGACCAUGGUGAUCUCUCAAUACUCCACCUACGCUGUUUUUGCCAGUUAUGCUAACAACUCAUUGUCUCAGAAAAGUAUUAUACUUUGUACAAAGCCCACAAGAGAAGAAGCCAUAACAGAUGUCUAUAAGAGCCUUUGCCCAGAAACCAUAUCCAUUGCAGACUUGGGAUGUUCCUCCGGACCAAACACUUUUCUGGUAGUGUUCGACACCAUCAGAGCGGUUGAAAAACUGCGGAAAAUGACGGGAAACCCCUCGCCGGAAUAUGUCGUCCACUUCAGCGACCUUCCCAGCAACGAUUUCAACUCCAUUUUCCGGUCACUGCCCCGAUGUGUUGAGGAUUUCAAGAAAGAGAUGGGAGAUGGGUUUGGGCAUUGCUUCUUCGCGGGAGUAGGUGGUUCAUUUUAUGGAAGGCUUUUCCCCUCUAAGAGUCUUCAUUUUGUUCAUUCCUCAAAUAGUCUCCAUUGGCUUUCUCAGAUACCAAAGGGAUCGGAGGAGAACAAAGACAACAUUUGUAUCACAGCUUCAACCCCACCUAAUGUGAUCAAGGCAUAUUGUGAGCAAUUUGAAAGUGAUUUCUCAAUUUUUCUCAAAUCUCGUUCAGAAGAAUUGGUGACGGGUGGACGAAUGGUAUUAUAUUUUAUGGGGAGAAAGAGUGAAAGCCCUAAACCCACUCAUGGUGCUCUUAAAUUUAUGGUACUUUUAGCCAAAGUCCUCAAAGAUCUAGUUACAAAGGGAUUAGUAGAAGAGGAGAAACUAAACUCCUUCAAUCUUCCUAUCUACGCACCAUCUCUAAAGGAAGUAAAAAUGAUUGUUGAAAAGGAGGGAUUAUUCUCAAUUAAUGUUUUGGAGGGUUUCACACAUGAUUAUAGUGAACCUUUGAAGGAUGCAAAGACAAUUACCAACACAAUGAGAGCCGGGGCUGAGUCCUUGGUUGUUAGCCAUUUUGGAGGAGGAAUUGUUGAUCAAGUUUUUAAUAAGUAUGAAGAAAUGAUUGGUGAAUGCAUGACCGAAUUUGUGAAGGAGGAUUUCUUCAUUAUUGUUUCCCUCACUAAAAUUUAAAAGAAAUUACUAAUUCAAAGUUGUGCACCCCGGUCCA